AUGAUCCGCGACGUGGAGCUGGCGGAGGAGGCGCUCCCCCAGAAGGCAGGGGGCCCCCAGGGCUCCAGGCGGUGCUUGUGCCUCAGCCUCUUCUCCUUCCUCCUCGUGGCAGGAGCCUCCGCAGUCUUCUGCCUGCUGCACCUGGGGCUGAUCGGCCCCCAGAGGGAAGAGCAGUUCCCGAUGAACGUCCUCCCGCUGGCCCAGACCCUCGGAUUGUCUUCUCGAGCCCCCGGCGACAAGCCUGUGGCCCAUGUUGUCGCAAACCAGCAAGUCGUGGGGAAGCUGCAGUGGCAGAGCAAGGUGGUCAACGCGCUCCUGGCCAAUGGUGUCAGCCUGACAGACAACCAGCUGGUGGUGCCGGUGGACGGGCUGUACCUCAUCUACUCCCAGGUCCUCUUCAAGGGCAGGGGCUGCCCGCACGCCCCCCUGCUGCUCACCCACACCGUCAGCCGCUUUGCUGCCUCCUACGAGGACAAGAUCAACCUCCUCUACGCCAUCAAGAGCCCCUGCCAGCGGGAGACCCCGGAGGGGGCGGAGGCCAUGCCCUGGUACGAGCCCAUCUACCUGGGAGGGGUCUUCCAGCUGAACAAGGGCGACCGGCUCAGCGCCGAGAUCAACCUGCCUGACUAUCUCGACUUCUCCGAGUCCGGGCAGGUCUACUUCGGGAUCGUUGCCCUGUGA